AGAGUUAUUGAACUUGACAUUACCCAAAUAACUGUACAUAAUUAAAAAGAAGAAAAAAACAAUGAUGUUGGGAUAAACUUUUCGACAAAAAGAAGAAGCUUUUCAGCAAAAUAAAAUCAUUUUUCUUGAGUCAUUCAAUCAAUCACGUGAUAAAUAGGUCACCAGACCAGGAAGAGUAAAUCCCCGGAUUCGCCAUGAUAGAAGUUUAAGAAUCCACGCAAGUUCAUUGCCUGACCAUGGACAAGCGUUGGGCCCAGGAUGUGUUACGGUGUCGUCUCUGCGAGACCCCGGGCCCCCCUAUGUACUGUGACAUUUGUCACAUACAUCUGUGUAAAGCCUGUGUGGGGGAACAUCUCUCAGAUCAAUCUACAGAACACAAAGUGCUGCCAUUUGAACAGCGGGGAUCUACUACAAAUUACCCUAAGUGUCCUAAACAUUCCACAAAACAAUGUGAACUUCACUGUGAACAAUGUGACAUUCCUAUUUGUGCACUCUGUAUUUCUGAAGAAUUACAUUUAGGACAUAAACCAGUUGACAUUGUUAAACAUAUUGAAAGCAAAAAAGAACUUUUACAGAGAGAAAUGCAAGAGUUAGAGAAAUCCAUUUACCCUAAAUAUCAACAGAUUGCCUCUAAUAUCCCAGUUCAGAAAGCUGCUCUGAAUAAAAACAGCCAGAAACUGACAACAGCAAUAGACAAACAUGGAGAAGCCUUGCACAGAGAAAUAGACAUCAGGAUCCACAAACUGAAAUCUGAUCUCAAUGAAAUGGACACCAAACACCUGGCCGUCCUCGACAAACAUGAAGGUGAAAUCACACGCACCAUUGAUGAAAUCACACAGAGCAUUGCUGAACUGAAGAAGUUAGUGGACUCCAAUGAUGUCAGCCGUGUCUCUGCCUACAAAUCAAGGAUUGCUGAAUUCAGAAGAUUGCCUCCUAAACUCACCGUGUCCUUACCAAGUUUUACCCCUCAGAAGAUCAACAAAGAACAGCUUUAUCAACAGUUUGGUUCUCUGUCAGCGUCAUCUAUCAAAACAGAAGAUCAUGGCUACACCAUGGAUUCCCCUGGUGCUGAGUCCUCUCCCCCGGACAGACCGCUCAUUGAUGUAUACGUACCACGGAUCAUCACACAGAUAAACACCGAGUAUGGAGUCUCUAAUAGAUUAGGCAGUGUGUCCUGUCUGAGUGAUGAAGAACUAUGGACGUGUGGUCGGGACAACAAGAUGAGACUGUACAACCUAAAGGGAAAACUAGUGAAGUCAGUCCAAACCAAGUCAGGGAACGAUCCAGGGGACAUAGCAGUGACAAGGAGUGGGGAUCUAGUUUAUACUGAUUACGAUGAUAGAACUGUGAACAUAGUGAAGAAUAAAAAGAUAAAGACAGUGAUCAGACUACGGGGGUGGAGACCUCACGGUGUCUGUAGUACCUCCUCUGGUGACCUCCUGGUUGUCAUGAACAGUGAAGAUAAUAAACAAACAAAAGUUGUGUGUUACUCUGGCUCCACAGAGAAACAAAGCAUUCAGUACGACGACAAAGGACAACCUCUCUAUUCAUCUGGUGAAAUAUAUUACAUUAAAUACAUCAGUGAGAACAGGAACCUAGAUAUCUGUGUGUCAGACCAUGGAGCCCGUGCAGUAGUGGUGGUCAAUCAGGCCGGGAAACUCCGGUUUACCUACACUGGUCCUCCCUCUACUACCAAGGGAUCAUUUAGUCCAGCCGGCAUCACAACAGACAGCCAGGGUCGCAUCCUGACAGCAGACGGUGACAACGACCGUAUCCACAUCCUGGAUCAGGACGGACAGUUCCUCCGCUACAUUGACAACUGUCAUUUACAGGAACCAUUGGGUUUAUGUGUGGACACCAGAGACAACCUCUUUGUGGGUGAGUGGUUCACAGAUAAAGUGAAGAAAAUCCAGUAUUACAUGUAAACAAACUGUGUGUAUACCUACAUAUAUAAACAAACUGUGUGUAUAUCUACAUAUAUAAACAAACUGUGUGUAUAUCUACAUAUAUAAACAAACUGUGUGUAUACCUACAUAUAUAAACAAACUGUGUGUAUACCUACAUAUAUAAACAAACUGUGUGUAUAUCUACAUAUAUAAACAAACUGUGGGUGUUACAUUGAUAUGAAUUGUUUACAUAUUGAUAGAUGAAAUACAAACUAUAUGUAUGUGUGAAUACAACACUUACACAGGCUCUGUAUAAAUACUGUAGAGGAACAUUUCUGUGGAUUGUGAACAAAUUACAGGUAUAUUUUAUAUGUACAUGUAUUGUGUGUGUGUGUAAACAUACUGUUAUGUAUAUUGUGUAUAAUUAUAUUGCAUGUAUAUAAUAUUGUUUAUUUCUUAUUAUUUAAGAAAGAAUAAAAAUGUUAAAUAGUUCUAUGGGAUAUAAACUUGUUGGUCACAUGAUUAAAUCCUGUGAAGUCUGAAGGAAUUCUCAGAAGAUUACAUCAUGUCCCAACCAACUUUAUCCAAGAGAACAUUUUAACAUUAAAAUAUAUUAUCAUAUUUACAUUGAGAUGAGAGAUCAUUCCAAAUCAUGACUUACUGUCUGUCAUACAUACCAGGUUAUAUGCUCCAUGUGACAAGCCGUCAGUUGACCUCUUGACCCUUCAGAAAGUUCUACUGAAUUCUUCACUUCAUCCUUCAAUAGAUUCAGAUGACAAGAGAAAUAGCAAUGUACUUUAUAUUAACAAACUGUAUUUAUUUUAAUGUUAAGAGACUGAUUGCAUUUACAUGUACCAUGUAAACAAAACAAUACUUAUAUACAAAUUGUACUUCUAUUCUCAUUAGUAAUUGUAUUUCAUGAUGAAUGAAUAAUAAAAAAAUAUUGUAUUUUACAUUGAA